UUUCUUCUUCUUCAUUUUCAAAUUCAAAUUAUUUUUGUCUUCUAUGUACUACUGAUUAAAGAGUAAACACAUUACUAUCGAAAUCGAUCUCUUAACCAAAAUUUUCGCGCUCGGUUCGUCCUUCGCUUCGCUGUAUCUCCCGGAGCUCCGGGACCUGGCUCCUUGCGCCGUUGGCGGGAUAUGAGGAGUCUACUUUUGAUUUCGGUGGCCGUGUGCUGGCUAUGUUCAAUCGCGGCGGUGGUUCGGAGCGGAUCUAGCGAUGGAUUCCAGAAACCUAGAGAUACUGAGACUGUGAUAUCGUUGCUGGAGAAUAAAUUGAUGGCUUCUUCGGUUCCUAUGGUGCCUCUCACCUUGAUUCAGGGAGCUGACUCCAAAGGAGCUGUGUGUUUAGAUGGGACGCUACCUGGUUAUCAUUUAGAUCGUGGUUUUGGAUCAGGUGCUAACAGUUGGCUUAUCCAACUUGAGGGUGGAGGAUGGUGUAAUAAUCAUAGGAGCUGUGUGUAUCGCAAAACAAGUCGGCGUGGUUCCUCUAAAUUCAUGGAAAAAGCUUUGGCCUUCACUGGAAUUUUGAGCAAUAAACCUGAAGAGAAUCCUGACUUCUUUAAUUGGAACAGGAUCAAGUUGCGAUACUGCGAUGGUGCCUCUUUCUCUGGNGAGUUUGAUUUAAAUUUUGAUGAUGAUUAG